AUGUCGAGAGAAGAGCAAUACUUCCCUCGGGGGAAGAUCGCUUCGUCGGAUACCCGCCAGGAGAAAUUGCCGAAACGGAAAGACACUGAGGAUUUGUUCAAAGUGCUAAGCUCCACAAAAAAGAAGAAAACUAAGAAGAACAAAAGCAUCUCGAAUGCCGAGGAACUCCAGGAGAAUGAAGAUGUUAUCAUCGAGCCUCUCACCCACAAGAGUAUCCAGGAGGGCAUGGUCCUUCUCGGUGCGGUUCACUACGUCCAGGAGAACAGUCUGAGGAUCGCACUUCCGGGCUGCGUGGCUCAGCUUCCCCUGAACCAGCUUUCACACCCUUACAACGAUCUCGUGCAACGUUGGAGAGCCGAAUCGUCAGCCGUGAAACGACGUGGACUCGGUCAAAAAGCACAGCCCGAGAAACUGAUGCGUCUCGACGCGAUGUACAAAGUUGGUCACAUCAUCAAGGUCGUCGUGCUGAGUAAAAAUUCCGGGAACAUCAAUUUGUCUGCCUUAUGCAACCAUGUGAACGGAGGCAUCACCCGUGAAACUCUACGGGACGGUAUGAUCCUCCAAGCGGCCGUGGCUUCGGUCGAAGACUACGGCUACAGCAUUGAGCUUGGCAUCGACGGACUUGCUUCAGCUUUCGUCUCCGCUGAUAAUUUCACCGAGGUCAUGUACGUUGGCCAGAUUUUUCUGGUUAGAGUGUCGAAGAGUCAUGGAGGUCGUCUCAAAUUCGUUCCUCACCAUUUUGAGGAAGUUGCCAAAGACAACGAUUGGAAUCUCAACAAUGUUACACCGGGACUUGUGGCAGAGGGGACCGUACUCCAGAGCGACGAAAAUGGCGUGUGCCUCGCUCUGUUCGAUGGCUCUGUGACCGCUUGCGUGGAACCUCGACAAUGUCUCCGAGGGGCGGCCGUCAGCAUCAACGACAAAGUCCGGGUCAUCUUGAUGUACACGCAUCCGAUCCUGAACACGGUUUAUUGCUCGAUGAGGAUUCCUCCUGUUCAUCCUGCGGACCCCUUCAAAGAAUUCCACGGACUCUCCCUAGGUCAGCUGGUGAAGAAAGCGGUUGUCGUUCAAGUCACGUCGUCAUUCGUCAAGCUCGAUAUACCUAUAAAGAACUCGAGGCAUACAGUUUGCGCGAUCGCUGCCAAACCCAAUGUCUCCGACGAUGAGGCUGCAGACCCCAGCGAUGUCUUCAGCGUGGGUCAAAUUGCUCCUUGUCGCGUCAUUGGUAUGUCCUUGUUCGAAGGAGAACUCUACGUCUCGUUGAGGCACUCCGUUGUAAUCGAAGGAUGUUACUAUACUGAACAUGAGCUCUACGUCGGACGCAUCUUGCCUGCCAAGGUUAAGUACACGAACGACUGCGGUAUCGUUUUCGAGAUAUGCCCUGGAACCAUCGCGUUCUGCGACUUUACGGAAGCUUCGCCCAUCCUGAAUAAGUCCAACGUGGCUGAGAAGUAUCCCCCGGGAAAGCCGGUGCAGGUCGCAAUCCGGUACAUCAAUGGUAAACACUAUCCGCCGCGAUAUUUCGUCACGUGCAACAAGCAGCUGAUUAAAAGUAAACAUGGAAUCAUCGACCGAUACGACGAAGGAAACGUCGGUAAGAUUUCCGACGGUAUAGUUCUGCUCACGGAGAGGCGAGGCCUCCUUCUCGGAUUCUACAACAAGGUCCGCGGUUGGGUUCCCGAGGAACAGUUACCCCAUUCAGCGAGCCGACCCGAUGAAGUUUUCCGAAAGGGUCAGGUUCUCAGUGCGAAGGUUCUGAACGUCACGCCGGAGGCGAGUCGGAUGACGCUGUCUCUGCGUUGCGUAGACUCCAAAGAAUCGACGGGCCAGACCGACGACGUGGGAGCCGGGAUCUCAACUGAUCGGAGAUACAUCUUCGAGGGGAAAACCCAUCUUGAGGCUCUCGUAGUCGAUAAAGAGGGGACCUGCCUGAAAAUCGUUGUGGAGGGAUUCGGGAAGAGCUCACUCCCCGCGGAGCAUCUGAGCGACUUCCCCGAUUUGUCGAAGUCGUUACUGGAACGGAUCAACAUCGGUGAUAGACUCGACGAACUCGCAGUCUUCGGCUCGUCAGAAGGAACAACUAUUUUCAGCAUGAAACCCCUCGUCGCUCAAGUGCUCGCGAGUUGUGGAAGCGAAGCGAUGAAGAUCACGGAAGGCGCAAUUCUACCGGCAUUGGUUAAAAAAGUCACUGGUCGUGGGGUGAUGGUAUCCUUGCCGAACAACCUGUCUGCCAGACUACUCAUCAGGGACUUAAGUGAUUCUUUCAUUCCGAAGGAUCAAGUCAAUGUCAGUGAGGGAUCUACGCUGAUCUGCAAAUUGACCUCCGCGUCAGAGCCGUUCACGGCGACGUGUAGAAAGUCCGCCGUGAACAUUCGAUCAGACACUUGCUACAGCGAGAGCCUCUCGAAAAGCCUGAAGAAACUACUCUCGUAUGACGUUGACGACAACAUCGGACGAGUGAUCAAAGUCACUCCGCAAAGAGUAGACGUUGGAAUCCUUUGCGAUUAUCGAGGACAGCGAGCCAUCGCAAACUCGACGUUAACUACCGAAGGUCAGCUCGUCAACGAACAGCCUACAAAUGCGAUCAUCCUGGGUUACCGUUUCAACGAAGGUCGACGGGAUUAUGUGGUUACAAUCGAUAGAGAUGUCGUUUAUAAGUAUCUACAGGCUGUCCGUCAGAGCAAGAAAACUACGGCCAGUACUCAUGUUAAGAGCAAGAUGGAGGUCCUAUUGCUCGAUAUACUGGAAGACUAUGCUGUGGCGAUUGCUAAAGACGGUCGUCUCCUUCUUUUGACGCUCGGCAGCCAUCCCAACGAUGUUCGACGGAGUGACUGGUGUUCGGAAAAUGGCUCGACUAAUCUUCCGAAGUUCAUCAAGGUCUGCAUCUACGAAAUGGUGAGCGGGAGCGUCGGAAUUGGAAUAUUCUGCCGAAGUGAUAGCCUGUCGACCAUCGAUACCCACACCGUAACUGAGCUCGGAGAGCAAUUACCGAGGUUCGACGAUUUCCUCGUCUCAAGUAGCCCAGAAUCGGGUCGUAGAACCGCCGAGGCCAUGAUACAGGAGUUCCUUCUUGAGUCGCAAGACGAGAGCGACGCUGAAGUGAACGGCACCAUACGCAUGAGGCAGCCAGGGAGCCUCGAUGACGAGGAAGGCAGUUCCGAGGAAAAUGAAGCCGAUGAAGAAGAUGAUGAUGACGACGACGAUGAUGAAGAUAUGAAUUCCAACGAUUUCGACAGUGAGGAGAGUGUUCUGGCCGAUUCUGAUGAGGAGGAAGAGCAGUCACCACCUUGAUCGAGUCAGAAAGAGAGUCUGGCUCGUGGUUCGAUUGCGUGAUCCGAACGUCUCGGAAGCGAUGUCGACCCAUGCGCAAGACUCCCAGCAGUUUUGUAUAAAUUCUGUACAGAGCGUCAUAAAUUGUCGAUUCAAGGGCUCGUAAGCUGCCCCGAAAAGCAGCGCAUACGAGAUCAGACCAUCGAUUAGAUAAAAA